GAUAUGUUUUGGGAAAUACCUGCUCGACACGUUUUCCUUAAACAGCCAAUCAAAUUCAGCCACGAUCGGAUACGGAAUUCCAGUCGUUGGAGAGCCGGCUUAUCAUUUUGCGACAAAACUCAAGAAAUAAACAGUAAAUAUGAAAGUGUUUAUUGGAUCGCUGUUAGCACUGUGUAUAGCAACAUGCUCUUGUAUGUAUGCGGGUACAGAUGUUGUAGAACUUACUCCAAGCAACUUCAACAAACUAGUACUGAAUGGUGACGAGCUUUGGGUUGUGGAAUUCUAUGCGCCAUGGUGUGGCCACUGUCAACAGCUUGCUCCUGAAUGGAAAAAGGCGGCUACAGCAUUAAAAGGUGUGGUCAAAGUGGGUGCCGUCAAUGCUGAUGAACACCAGAGCUUGGGUGGACAAUAUGGUAUCCAAGGAUUUCCAACUAUCAAAGUUUUUGGACUUGAUAAAUCAAAACCAACUGAUUAUCAAGGGCAAAGACAAGCAUCCGGUAUAGUAGACGCAGCCUUAAAUGCUGCCACAUCAAUGGCUCGACAGAAAUUGUCCGGAAAGAAGGGUAGUGGAGGCAGUGGUGGAAGUGGCGGAGGUAGCAGACAGGCUGACCCAGAUGCAGUGAUUGAAUUGACUGAUUCAAACUUCCAAGAAAAAGUCAUCAACAGUGAUGAUAUUUGGUUGGUGGAAUUCUUUGCCCCUUGGUGCGGUCAUUGUAAAAAUCUAGCACCCCAGUGGGCGCAGGCUGCUACUGAGCUUAAAGGCAAAGUUAAACUUGGAGCUCUUGAUGCCACAGUCCAUACUGUAAUGGCUAGUAGAUAUGGGGUUCGUGGAUACCCAACUAUCAAAUAUUUCCCUGGUGGUAAAAAGGACGGAGAGGCACAGGAGUAUGAUGGUGGACGUACAGCGUCAGAUAUCGUUAGCUGGGCAUCGUCUAAGGUGGCGGAGAAUGUUCCCCCUCCAGAUGUGUACCAGGUUGUGGACCAGAGUGUUUUAAGUGACAACUGUGAUGACAGACAAUUAUGUAUUGUAUCUAUUCUACCUCAUAUCCUGGAUUGUCAGUCGAAAUGUAGAAACGCUUACAUCAAGACAUUAAAAUCUGUAGGAGAACACUUCAAAGCUAAACAAUGGGGAUGGGUGUGGGCAGAAGCCGGUGCUCAAAUGAAAUUAGAAGAAUCUUUAGGUAUUGGUGGAUUUGGGUACCCAGCAAUGGCUGCAAUAAACUCAAGGAAAAUGAAAUACGCCUUACUGCGUGGACCAUUUGAGGUAAACGGUAUUAAGGAAUUCCUCAGGGACUUGUCGUAUGGACGUGGCUCCACUGCACCCGUAGCAGGUGAUAAAUUACCAAAAAUAGAGGAACAAGAACCCUGGGAUGGCAAAGAUGGUGAACAAAUCGUUGAAGAGGAUAUAGAUCUCAGUGAUGUUGAGCUUGAUGAUUUGAAAGAUGAAUUGUGAUUGGACGGUAUUUUUAGCUCAUCGGAAGUUCCAUUAUGUCAUAAUCCUUGUAACCAAAGCCAUCAAACCAUAAGAUCAUAUCCAUUAAAGAAACAUCAAGUUCUAUGAAAUAUUGUCAAGUUUUAAUAUCUUGUUUUGUUUUUUGUAACUCUAUUAAAGCUGCUACCCCUUUUUGGUGGGUAUGUUAAAUUUUUGAAUAACAAGAGUACAAUAUCAAAUACAUGUGUGUUAUUUUUUGACCUUGGCAUUGGUCAGAAAUAUUUUGAUGAUCAUUUAGUCCAUAGUAUUAAAGGUGGCUGGUGUUUUAUUGAGAAUUUUUACAAUUGACUUGCUUUGUUUAGGCAACGAGAAUGUGGUCAGGUGACACUAUAUUAGUAGACAGACCAGGUCAUAUACUGGUGGUUUUAUCUGUACUCUAGCAUCCAAAAUAACAUGGGAUCAGUCUGGAAACAAGAAAUCGGUUUAUCUUGCAUGUAUAUGCCGAAAUGUUUUGAUUAUUUUCUUUGUAAAAUAAAAGCAUUUAGAAUAGUUUGAUUUAGAAUGAGAGCUAUAAAAUAGCUUGUUUGAUAGUGUCAGAAAUGAUUUGAAAUUAAAUUCUUUUUUCUUCAUUUUAUUGUUUCAAUAACGUUCAAGCUAUGUUUUUAUUCUCGAUACACAUUGAGUUCUUGAAUCAUAAAAAAUAAUUUUAGAUCGAUGUAAAGAGGGGAACAUAUUAUAUCAGUAUAAAAUUGUAAGCCAUUUGUAACAAAACAAUGAAGGAAAGAACGAGUCAAAAAUAUUAAAGGAUGGUGCAAUAGUGAUGAUUGUUAUAACAUUAUCUUAGUUAUCUUUCUUGAAUCGAUCAGGUUAUGGUGGUGUUGGUAAUUUUCACUCCGAAUUACGGCAGUAAGCCAUAUUGAAUUUACCAGAGCACAAUUCAGCCACCGCAUCGUUCCUGAUCAGGUUAAGAACAUAAAACAAAUUACAACUUAUCUUAUAAUAUGUUACUAUGACAUAGUGUAGUUUACUCACCGAUAACACAGACUGUUUAUAAGACAACGGCAUUCUUCACAUGGACCGUUUAUAAGACUGACCUUUUUCACAUGACACUUCACAAACUUGAUGUCUUUAUUGUCUUCACCAUCAUGUUAAACUCGCACUAUUUUUUUUUGAAUUUGUUCAUAAAUAUAUUUUUUACAAUCCUAAGGAAGAAAAGCGCAUUGAAUCAUGAAAAGUUUUGUUUUGAUUGGUUCUGAAAAAUAGUCCUUAGAAAUUGGUUUAAUUGUAUGUAUACAUGUAUUACUGUGUGUUAUGUAUGACUGGGUGUCAGUUAAGUUAAAGCUCUAAGUGAAGCAAAAUUGUGAUAAAUAUAGAACUUGUAACCAGGUGUAGUGUAUCAAUAUGCCAGUGUAAUUGAAUAUCAUGUAAUAGUCAUUGAAUGAUAUAUUCUUAAGGCAUGUGUGAGAGUAGGUGUUGUUUGUAUGUGUGGUGUGUAGAGUAACAUACAUUUAUAUAUACAUUGUAAAGACAUGAUUUGAGUGGUGCUUAGAGUUACAUUAUAAUAUGAAUGGUAAAACUACCAGGUGCCUGCUUAACGAUCUGUUUUGUUUUUCUCUCAAAGUUUUUAUGCUAAACAAUUUGACGUUAGGAAUAAAAUCUGGUGGCAUAAUGAAAUAUGAAAUAUAAUAUGGAGGCAUGCUGCUUUAAAACUUUAUGUAGCUAUUUUUGCUUAGGUUAAGGUGCAUUUUUAAACCAGUCUUGAAACUUCGGACUGGAUCAUGUUGAUGAAGAAAUUUAAGAUUCUUCAAAUGCAGAGGCACUGAGUUCAAACCAGUCAAAAUUUUAAGCUUUUUCGGAUUGAGUCUGAUUAAAAAAAGAUUUUCCAGUCGGACCACUUUCAUGAUACCUAUAGAGAAAUAAUUGUCAUUACCAUUUUCAAUGUAAAAAGAUAUUAAUUUUUCCAAAAAGUUGAUUUCAGUAUGAACUUUAAAUACCUUUAAUUCUCUGUUGUUUGAAUUUGUUGUAUUAUUUUGUGAAUGGUGUUUUGCUUUACGUCAGUGCUACUUUUCUACGAUUUUAUCUCAAAACAUUUGUCCACCCCAAAUGAAUGAGAGGUUGUCGAUAAUAAUUUUGGAAUGAAAGAAAGAGUUAUAAUAAAUAGUAGACUAAACUUACACAAUGUUCAGAUUAUGUAUAUCGUUUUGAAAAUAUUUUAUUGUAUUAAGGGAUAUUAAAAUGUGAGAAAAAUGA